GGAGUAGAAGCAAUACAAACUCAAAGCAACAUCGGCCGAUGCGCUUGCAUCAAUUACACGCUCUCUUUUUCUCCUUCUGGCUGCUUUUUGGUAGUAUGUCGUAUAUUUAAGCGAACUCUUCUGGUAGAUCACAAUAAGGUUAUCACAUGAUAUCAAACUAAUCACGUGGGUUUGCUAGAGUAGCCCCACAUAUCAUCCAACAAUCAAAGCCAACAAUCCACGACCAACGGCCGGCUAACUUCACCCACAUUCACCAUUUACCAUUCGAUGUCUUCUUACCUUCCUGCCAAAACUUACACACAGUUCUUUCUUUAUUUUUAAUUUUCUUAUACAGGGCCAAUUUCUGGGAGGAAAAGUAACGUAGAAUGUCUAAAAUGAAACAAAUUACAAACCCAACUCUUUCACUACAAGCCGAUACAUCCACAUCCAAGCCCACACCCAAAUCAGCAGCGGAAGCAUCAAAAGCAAUGACGGCUAGCGAUAUACUGCUUCCCAAGAAUACAAAGACAACGCCUACAACCUCAUUUUCAUCACCAUUACUAUCACCAGUGCUACCAGAACCAGAACCAGUCAGCAAUACUCAGGUCAAUGCGCCUCUAGAAAAGCUCCCAAGUGAAGUCCGGCGUAAUCUUCUAUCUAGAUUACAACUUGAAGACCUAAGCGCUUUGGUUCACGCAUCUCCCGUCUUCCACCAGCAGUACCUACUUGAUCGCAGGUUUCUGCUUUGUACAUGUGUGGAGAUAUCGUUGCACAGCAGCAGCAGCAGCAUCAUUGACGCUUGCGCAGUUUAUCGCACUGGCUUAAUUGACUUUUCUGACGCGCGAACACAUGAUAAAGUCAUUCACUUCCUCCAAUUCUACCAGGAUCGACGCUCUUCAACCGAGUAUUCAAUCUUCAGUGAAGGCCUUAUUGAGAGCGAGAUCGUGGAGAUUGCUGCGUUCCACUCUACUAUUAUCAAGCCACUCGCACGGCAAUAUACUGACUGGGCGCUGACCAACCUCGCUGAUGAGACCAAAAACACACGAAGCAUCACGCCGCUGAGCAAGACAGAAGAAAUGCGACUCCAGCGCGCCCUGUAUCGCUUCCAGCUCUGCUGUAAUCUCUUUGGCAAAAAUGCAGAUAGCUCGCAGUGGUUCUUCCAAGGAUUAAAUUUCAAAUCUGUUGAUAUCCUGACAAUGUUCCUCUGUUUGUUUGAGCCUUGGGAGAUCGAGGAGAUACUCUGUCUUUACACCUUCAGCAAGGAGAUGUAUACACAAAUAUUCAAGGAAAUUCAUUGGGAUCUGGAUGCCAAUAACCCAAAGUUUGAUGAUCAAGGGAGGCCGCCAACUCCCACUGGGGCAUUCGAUUUAGACGACGAUGCUUAUCUGAUGGGUACCAUCUCUCUUGGUCUCAAGAUAUUACAUCGUGUGUUGAUAACCCGAGAUCACGAUCAACGCGUGUGGGCGAUGCAAGAGCACAUAUGUUUGCCACUCGGUGAAUUUCUGGAGAGUGAAGGCACUGAUGUCCUUGAUGAGUGGACACAACAGGACCGGCGCCGAAAGCAUCCUUCAUAUCGGGACCAAAAAGAGCUUCGGCGUGACCCGCUCCCCUUCGAAGGAGAUAAGGAGCUAUGUCCGCCGCUGGCCUGGACAAUAUUAUGGCAAGGAACAUAUAGCAAUAGAUAUGGAGGUUAUCUGGAAGACGGGAUCCGCCACUGGGGAUAUAUUAUGUGGGAUGCGGUGCGACUCGGGGAGACAGGUGGCAAAGAAAUAUUAGCACGGCUGUGGGAGGAGCGUAAGUCGGAUAGGUGGAGUGAUCCAAGGGAUAGUAGGUAAUAUCAUCUGCUUGUCCUCUUUCGGCCGAAAAUUUGUUUAACUAUUAUUCAACGACGUGGGGUAGUUGAAGAUUGUGGGAGCUCUUCGAAACUAAGUAUAUACAAAUUUAGCUACCAGAAAGCCCGGAAACCUCAUUCUUAAUCUAAUCACCGCUCAUAGAAGGCAGGAGCGCAGCGACAAGAAAACUUCGGAAUGCGGAAACCUCUGUAUCCAAACAUGCCAAAUAGCCAUAGGAGUAUCAUCGUCGCCGCCACUCUUUAUAUAGACCACCUUGGGAGAUUAAGCCGCCGAAUAAAACUCCUCUCACUCUAGUGACUCUCCCCUCCCCACUCCUCAUCUACUUAGACAAACAGUAUAGACAUGAGAAUACUGAAUUCCAUCAUAAAAGAGGUAUAUAUAAGAAACUGUAGAAUCCUAUAUUCCUUUCCGGAUUCUCCAGCCCUCCAGGGCCUUUUUACACGCCUCGAUCCUCCAAGCAACUCUGCCUACACUUUCUAUUUCAUUUUGCUGUUUUCAGUGAGCAAAUUCAAUCGAUGACCGAGAAGAAGACUGUAUAUAUAUGUAAGUCUGAAUAAGUCAUGAAAGACGAAUCUGAACUCAGCGAGAACGUCAGGGGUAGGUAGCUAGAUUUUCUGAGGAACAGCCAAGUACUAUGCAAAACGCCGAAACCUUCUUUUCUCUUUCAUAAUAAUAACAAUAUAUAUGUGUGUAACCCAAAAGAGACGUUUAUGGAGAAGGUCAAAAGAAACAAGUAAGCGAUAAAAAAGCAAAAGGAGAAAAUUCGUGAAUGGCAGGGAUGUCA